AUGCUCCUGCCACGUCGAGAUACCCCAUCAGCACCCUCUGAGACCAAGUCAAUAAGGAAGAUCAGAGAUGAGAUUGCAGGUGGUGGUGUCAAGGGAGGAAGGGGACUCACUAAGGAUGAAGAGCAGUUGCUAGCGCGGAUCGCAGUUGAGCGCUUCGCUGAGUUCAAAGUGCCAGGCAAACAAGGCGAAUUUUGGAACAAUGUUGCUGCUGCUCUGAAGGAGGAACGGAGGGUGUCCUACACCCCUAGCAGUUGUACGCGUAGGAUGGGAGCAAUUGAGAAGGAGCGCCGCUUGGAGGUAAAGAAGGAGGAGUCAGGCGAGGAGCGCAAUACAAGUAGCUGGGCGCAGAGUAUUGACGCAUGGAUUGCUCUCAAGGAUGCGUGGGAAACUGCAGACGCAUACUUAAGCGAGGAGGACGAAGACGCACUUUCUGACGAGGAUCCUCGCGAUGAAGAUAACCGGCAGGAAGAGGAGGGCGAGACUAAAGAGAGUCAGAUGGAAAGGCGCGAGGAGGAAGAGGCUAAGGAAGAACCUAUGUUCUUGACGCCGGCGAAGAUCUUAAAACUGCAGAAGGCGCCGUCUGCGCAGAAGUCUCCGAGUUUACCGAAUUUAGUGUCGUCGCCCUCGCCGGCGCCAGGCUCGAAUAGGAAGAGGAAGAGGCGCGUAGAGGAUGAUAAGUCUUCGGUGGAUAAGCUGUUAAAAGAGGAGAAGGAAGAGAAGCAGCAGGACUCGAGACUAGACCGGUUAGAGGAGAAGUUAGACAAGAUUGUUGAUAUGAUUAACCCUUCGCCUCUACAGCAUGUUGAGACUGUAUAA